AUGGCAAUGGCAAAUAAAAAAACACAAUGUUUUACAUGUAAUAAAGAAAAAAUUACAUAUCCAUGUGAAGGAUGUUCAAAACGCUUUUGUUUUAUACAUAUACCAGAACAUCACCAAAGAUUAAAUGAAGAAUUACAUCAUAUUAUUGAUGAUUAUAACGAAUUUAAAGAAAGAAUUAAUGAACAACAACAAAAUCCAUAUAAUCAUUCAUUAAUAAAACAAAUAGAUCAAUGGGAAAUACUUUCAAUUGAAAAAAUUAAACAAAAAGCACAAGAUUGUAGAGAAACUAUCAUUAAAUCAUUAAAACUAUUAACUAAUGAUAUUGAAAUGAAAUUUAAUGAGUUAAAUAAACAAAUACAACAACUUCAGAAAGAAAAUGACUUUAAUGAAAUUGAGUUAAAUCAUCUAAGAGAUCAAUUAACAAAAAUUACACAAGAAUUAAAUAAUCCUUCAAAGAUUUCUAUUCAACAAGAUUCACAAGCAUUUAUUAACGAAAUUUCAAUUAUUUCAUUAGAAAAAAAAUCAAAACUCAAUAAAUGGAAACAAAAUGCCAUCACUGUGGCUGGUGGAAAUGCAGAAGGACAAAAUUUAAAUCAACUCAAGCGUCCUGGGGAAAUCUUUAUUAAUGAAAAGAAAAAUAUCUUCAUUGGUGAUUACGGGAAUCAUCGCAUUGUUGAAUGGAAAUGUAAUGCAAAAGAAGGACUAAUCAUUGCAGGUGGAAAUGGACAAGGAUAUCGAAUACAUCAAUUGAAUUAUCCAACAGAUAUGAUUAUUGAUCAACAAAAUCAUUCGAUCAUCAUUGCUGAUAAAGGGAACAGACGAGUGGUUCGAUGGUUGAAUCAAAAGCAACAAAUUCUCAUUCACAAUAUUACUUGUUAUGGCUUGGCAACGGAUAAAUAUGGAUUUCUUUAUGUUUCUGAUUAUAAGAAGCAUGAAGUGAGACGAUGGAAAAUGGGAGAAAAGAAUGAAGGAAUUGUAGUGGCAGGUGGAAAUAGAAAAGGAAAUAAGCUUAAUCAACUGAAUACUCCUACUUUUAUCUUUGUUGAUGAUGAUCAAUCUGUUUAUGUAUCAGAUCACCACAAUCAUCGCGUAAUGAAAUGGAGAAACGAUGCAAAACAAGGAAGAAUUGUGGCUGGAGGAAAUGGUAACGGAGAAAAUCUCAAUCAAUUGUCUCGAUCACGAGGAGUAAUUGUUGAUGAUUUGGAUCAAAUCUAUGUAGCAGAUUGUGAGAAUCAUCGAAUAAUGCGUUGGUGUGAAGGAAAACAAAAGGGUGAAAUUAUUGUUGGUGGAAAUGGCCGAGGCAAUCGAUCAAAUCAAUUGCUUCAUCCCAGUGGUUUAUCUCUUGAUGAUGAAGGAAAUCUUUAUGUUGCUGAUUCUCUUAAUCAUCGAAUUCAAAAGUUUGAAAUAAUUGAGUGA